CAUUCUUUGUAAAUAAUUUUUUUUUUAAUAUAUACAUGUAUUCAAUGGAAGAACCAACACAAUUUCAAAUGCUAAUACGUCAAGUGGACGAUGAUUCACUUCAAACUAUGUUACAACAAGAAUAUCAACAACUUAUAAUAGAACAGCAACAUCUAGUGACGAUGCUUAGUCAAAGAGCACGUAUGUUUGAGACAGAAAAUACAGAAUUACGAGAAAUUAUUCAUGAAAGUCAGAGACGGUACGAAAAAGCAGUAAGAGAAAUGCAAUUCUUUAAAAAGAAACAUGAUCGACUGGUCGAAUCAUAUUACCAAGACGAAAGAACCUCACAAUGGACAGAAGAAGGACAGAGAACAAGGCAGAGCUCAACAACAUCAGGCAGUAUUUAUAGUUCGCUUUCGAGUAGUACCAAUGAAUCUCAUGAAAAAAAAUCUACCUUUUCUCGUCACUCAAUUUAUUCAACACCAGGUAGCGGUGCCUCCUCAGUCAUUACACCUGUCAGAUCUUCCAUGUCUUCAUCUACUUAUGCUGGUAGUUCUAUGAUUCAACAGAGAAGAAUAGACCCUCUUACUUUUGGUGGUUCUGAUGCACUCUGGGAUACUAUCAGUAAAAGUGAAGGCGCAGAUGUUACUGUUGAGAAAAUCAUAAGGUACAUAUAGAAGACUGUGGGAAAAGUAACUCAAACUUCUAUUUAGUAACUUUCUUCGUCGAGGAGGAUCACCUAAUACUGCUAAACAAUCAUCUUCAUCACACGCUGUCAAGUACGGAUAUGGUAUGAUUCAUGCUCUCAUUGUCACUAAAGCCCCUGGUUCACUGGACUUACUCCUACAACAAGGAGCAAACCCAAAUACAAUGAGCAUGAGUCAAAUAGAUGAAGAUAAAGUAAGUAAGAAUGACAAGUAUGAUUUCUAUACUGAA